AAAGGCUGAGGAGUUUUCCCUACUUCGGUGAUUUGUGUUUGAAUUGGCGCAUCAGACGAACUUUCCGUGAAGUGAGAAGCUUUGAAGAGUCCUCAUGGUUUGACCAAUAUCACGAUGAGCGGACGCUGUGUACCCGGAAAAGCGCAAUCGCUGAUAUUAAAUCAGCGAGUGAAUAGGACAAUACAGUUCAUUCCCAGCUGGGAUGAGAGCAGUUCCAUCAGUAGUGGCUUGAGUGAUGGCUCUGACAACCUGAGCUCAGAGGACCUGAAUGCAAGCUCUUCCCUCAACUCCCUCCCAACCACACCCACCGGCUCACGACGCAACUCGUCCGUCAUGCUUCGUACGGACGCAGAGAAGCGGUCUCUGGUGGAGAGCGGUCUGGCCUGGUACAGCGAGGACGCGAAGGUGGGGCGCAAGCUGGACGUGGGCGGAGCCUAUGACACAGGCAGCCUGAAGGCGGAGCCAACGAGCCGCUGGAAGAAGAGUCGGCCACUAGAGGGCGCCGGUCCUGAGAAGGCCGGGAAGGACGUCAAGAAACCCCAGAGCCUGGGCCAGCCAGGGAGCUUCAGGAGGGGACGCAACCCCCCCAUCGGGGUCACCUCCCCCAUCACACACACCUCACAGAGCGUGCUCAAGGUGGCAGCAGUUCCUAAGAGCGACUCUAAGCCUGUGGAUAAGGCCAGGAUGGCAGUGAAGGGGUCCGGUCUACAGCGGUCCUGUUCUGACGCUGGACGUGACCGCGGUGAGCACCGCAAACCCCCCUCGGGCCUGGUGAAGCCAUCAGCAGGGGGCUCGUUUGGCUAUAAGAAGCCCCCGCCAGCCACCGGCACUGCCACCGUCCUAACAGCAGGGGGCGCCACCAUCUCUAGCGGCUCAGCCACCGUGGGCAAGAUCCCCAAGUCUUCGGGGAUCCCCAUUAAGCCAGUGGGGUCGGGGGGUGUCGGCGGCGGCAGCCUUGGCGUGGGGGGGUUGGUGGCCGGGACAGGGGGGCGUAAAAACAGCUUUGACGCGUCCAGCUGCCUCGAGCAGGGCUUCAUGACAUCCCACGCGCGCAACAGCUUCCAGUACCGCAGCCUGCCGCGACCCGCCAAGUCCAGCGCCAUGACCCUGAUGAGCCGACCGCCCUCGCGCCCCCUCAGCAGCACCAUGGACGCCAGCCUGCUCGCCCUCAAGCCCGUGCCCACCUCCCCCGUGCCCGGUAUGGGCUCGGUGGGCCGGGGUGGCACCAAGGGCCGGAGUGGCAGCAGCGGCGGCGGCGGCCCGGUUAACCAGACGGACCGGGAGAAGGAGAAGGAGCGGGCCAAGGCCAAAGCGGACCUCCUGGAGAGCGCCGUGCUGAAGGCCGAGCUGCAGGCGGAGAGCGCAGGGGACGCGCUGACCAAAGUCCAGGGAAUGAGGAGGACCAGCGCCAGCAAGUACCCAGAGCUGUCCUCACCCACCACACAGAGGAUGCUGAGCUGUAAGUCCCUGGGCCGUCCCUCUAACCUGGCUCACCUGGACAAGGUCAACUCCAACAGCCUGGACUCCUGCGUGACCAUCCAGGACCUCCCGCCCAAGAUCCCGCCCUACUCCAAGCUGCAGGACCUGGCCGGCUCCCCGUCUCCCGUGUCCGUCACCUCCCCCUCGCCCCGCCUGACGCCCAGCCCCGCUCCCCUGCUCCACAUCGACUCCCCCGGCUGCUUCUCGGGGACGUCCCUGAGCCUGAGCGGAUCGCCCCUGCUGUACCCCCGCAUGUCCGGCCUGCACCGCAGCAUGGAGGCCCUGCCCCUCCACAUGAGCUUGCCCCCCAGCAGCGGCGAGCCGUCGCCACGGCAACACCACGACGCCAAGGCCACUGGCACCUGGGGCGCGGGGAGCAGGACGUCAAUCACUCUCUCUGACAGUCUUCAAACAGACAGGAAUACUUUGCCGAAGAAAGGCUUGAGUCGUUAUGACACCACUCCCAGCUCUGAAGGGAAAGAGAGACGUCACUCCCAUAACGUUGUGACGGAGUCGGACAGUCCUCCUCAGCUGCCCUCCCCCACACACAUCAUACACACCUUCUCUGGCAAAACACCGCCGACCAACGUGGUGGCCCCCAUUCCGAGUGUGGGCGGAGCUCCACGCAUCACACGUUCCAACAGCAUUCCCACCAAUGAGGCGGCUUACGACCUGUACGGCACCUCCCCCCUGGGCAGCUCGGUGUCGCUGGCCGAUAGGCCCAAGAGCAUGAUGCGUUCCGGAUCAUUCCGCGAGCCUGGAGAUGACGUGCACGGCUCCGUCCUGUCCUUAGCGUCCAACGCAUCGUCCAACUACUCCUCGACGGAGGAAAGGAUGCAGGGAGAGCAAAUUCGAAAGCUGCGACGGGAGCUGGAGAACUCUCAGGAGAAGGUGGCCACUCUGACCAAUCAGCUUUCAGAGAACCUAGGCCAGGCAAAUUUGGUAGCUGCAUUCGAGCAGAGCCUGGCCCUCAUGACCUCCCGCCUGCAAAGCCUCUCCGUCACUUCAGAUCAGAAGGAGACAGAGUUGGAGGACCUGAAGGAGACCAUUGAGGUCCUGGUGUCCAAGAACACAGAGGCCCAGACCAUCAUCCAUGGAGCUCUGAACGACCCAGAGGCCGCCCCCAAAGAGCUGAGGAUUAACAGGCAGAACUCAUCUGAGAGCAUAUCCAGCCUGAACAGCAUCACCAGUCACUCCAGUAUGGGGAGCCUGAAGGAACAGGAUCCCAAGAAGAAGAAGAAAAAGAGCUGGGUCUAUGAGCUGAGGAGCUCCUUCAACAAGGCCUUCAGCAAGAAGGGCUCCAAGCUCUCUGCCUCCUACGCGGACAUCGAGGAGAUCGCCACGCCGGAGUCGUCCGCCCCCUCCUCUCCCAAACUGCACCAUGACCCAGAGAACCCCCCCGCCUCGCUGAAGUCCUCGGUUUCAGCCUUAACCUCAGCCUCAGCCUCAGCCUCAGCCUCAGCCUUGGGGAUGUGUGAGGCAGAGGAUGAAGAGGAGGAAGGUGAGGGCGAGGGCGAGGAGAAGGUGGUGACAACGCUGCGCUCGGAACUCUGGGAAAAGGAACGGAAGCUGACAGAUAUCCGACUGGAGGCACUUAGCUCCGCCCACCAGCUGGAACAGCUGCGCGAGGCUAUGACAAACAUGGAGGUAACCGUGGAGAGCCUGAAGGCUGAGAAUGACCAGCUAAAGACAGGAGGCCCCUCCUCCAGACCCACAAGCUCCAGCUCCCAGUCCUCAGGGCUCAUGUCACUGGGCACCUCGUCGCCACGGCAAUCAAUGGCUGCAUCACUGCCUAAGACACUCAGCAUGAGUAUGGGAGAGAGUGGAGGACCAGAUGUGCUGCAGUCGGAUGCUGGAGGUGUUGUGGCUCAGAAGGAUGAGAGUCUGGUACGGGUGGUGGUGCGAGUGCCAGACCAACACAUCUUCAAGGAGGAGAUGAAGCAGCAGGACUUCUACAUCGGAGCGGUUCGGAUCAGCCCCAGGGCCGACUGGAUCUCUCUGGACACGGCUGUUGGCCAGGCCUUGAGGGAGUACCUGGCGCUGUUGGACCCCAGCUCCAGCCUGGGUCUGUCCAUGGAGUCCAUCCUCAGCUACAGCCUGGGCCACUACAGACGGGUGAUGGGGGCCGAGCCUCCCGAGACCCCCCCGUCCCGCUGCCUCGCCAAGAGCCCCAGCUGCCUCGGUGUGACCCUCAAAGGCCUGCGUGAGAAGUGUGUGGACUGCGUGGUGUUCGAGACGCUGGUCCCCAAGGCCAUGAUGCAGCACUAUAUCAGCCUGCUGCUCAAGCACCGGCGCAUCGUGCUGUCGGGCCCCAGCGGCACGGGCAAGUCCUACCUGGCCUCCCGCCUCACAGAGUACCUGGUGGAGCGCAGCGGGCGCGAGCCCUCGGACGGCAUCUCCAUCACCUUCAACAUGCACCGACAGUCAUGCAAGGAUCUGCAGCUCUACUUGUCUAACCUGGCCAAUCAGAUUGACCGGGAGACCAGCACGGCAGAGAUCCCAUUGGUCGUCAUCCUGGAUGACGUGCACGACGCCGCUUCGAUCAGUGAGCUGGUCAACGGUGCCCUGACCUGCAAAUAUCACAAAUGCCCAUACAUCAUCGGAACGACGAACCAGCCUGUGAAGAUGACCCCAAAUCACGGACUUCAUCUCAGCUUCAGGAUGGUGACCUUCUCCAACAACGUGGAGCCGGCUAACGGCUUCCUGGUGCGCUACCUGCACAGGAAGCUGGUGGAGGCAGAGGAGCCGCGGAGCCUGGCCAACGAGGACCUCCUGCGGGUGCUGGACUGGGUGCCCAAGCUCUGGUACCACCUCCACGCCUUCCUGGAGAAACACAGCACCUCCGACUUCCUCAUCGGGCCUUGCUUCUUCUUGUCCUGUCCCGUCACCGUUGACGAGUUCCGCACCUGGUUCAUUGACCUGUGGAACCACUCCAUCAUCCCCUACCUUCAGGAGGGAUCCAAAGAUGGCAUCAAGGUCCACGGACAGAAGGCCGCAUGGGAGGACCCCGUGGAGUGGGUGAGGGGGACGCUGCCCUGGCCGUCAGCUCAGCAGGACCAGGCCAAACUCGUCCACCUGCCGGCCCCCACCUUGGGCCCCGGUAGCCCUGGGCAACCAAUAGAAGAGCGCCCGCACAAGGAGACUCCGCCCAGCGGCACAGAGUCCGACCCGCUGAUGGCCAUGCUGCUCAAGCUUCAAGAGGCAGCCAACUACAUCGAGUCUCCUGAGAAGGAGCUGGACCACAAGCUCCCAAUUCUCUGAGCUCCUCACAGUGAACUGAGUGGGCAGGUCUGGGCCAGGCGUGGGCAGGAUGUGAUCCAGACUCGGGUCGCUUAAAGAUGCAGUCCGCGAUUCAGUUUUGCAAAAGGUUGUUAAUAUUUGUGCUCCACAGCCAAUCAAAUUACACCCCUCCCUUCCAUGCUCCUGAAGCACCAUGUUGACUGGCUGGGAUUGUGUAUGGCUCUGGCCGUGCCACAGUGUUUGUUUACCAUUGACAGACAGAGGACCGUGAGCAGCAAUUUGCUGAAUUUGACAAAAAGUUUAUGGGUUUACGAUCGCGGACUGCACCUUUAAUACACAGACCUGGAAUCGGCUCAGUCAGCGGCUCACCUCUCACGGUCCCGGGCAGCACCGGGCUCUGGCUCUGAUCCGGCACGGACCCGGGCCUCGUCUGGCACGGAUCGCCUGCCAUCUGAACUAUACGGGCCUGUAAAAUGAACUCUUUUAAAGUCGUCAUCCUGUGUCUUUCAAUACUCUAGUAUUGUACUGUGCUAUCAAGACAUAUGAAUCCCAUUUGCUUAUUUACUCUCUAACAGAUCACUCCCACCUCUCUUGCUUUCCCUUGUUUUCAACCAUGCCGAGCAUCAGUAUAUGUUUACAUUAAACGAAGCUAUAGAUAUGAUACUGUACUACCUAUUCUCGCUGUCCGCCGCCAUCAUCCCUGGGCAUGUUAUUUCGGUUGCGCUGUAGUGUAACACACCUGGUCAGUGAGAAACUGUCAUUCCUGUUCUAGUGCUGCCCUCAUCAACUCAAGGAAACCGGUGCUACUUGCCUCAUCGUCACUACACACACCAGAGGCCCUCCCUGCUCAAGAGGGGACGGAGCAAACAGUUCAAACCAAUAGCAAAAACCCAGCACAGCGACGCCUGUGAUCCUUUAGUCAAUCUCAAAGCCAGAGCGCUCCACACCAACAAACCCGUUUCCUGCGAGUUCUGUUCACUGCUUCUAUUAGAUGAAACAUGUAACUGUUUGUAUUUUUUUCUUUUGGCUGACAGUCCGGUUCUUGUUAAACAAAUGUCCGCCCCCAGGCCAAGUCUUCAACAUAUAUGCAGAUUUCUGAUUAUUCAGAUCCUACUCAAUCAGGUCACCAUGUUUGAUCUGGUGCUCAAACUAUCAAAAUGCCUUAAGACAUCCACUAAUCGUCUAGUGUAGUUCUGAGGGAGUGGGACAGGAAGAAGGCAUUGGUGCAGAUGUCUGCAGAAGGAAAAGUGUGUGUGCGCGUGUGUGGAGCAGAGAGCGGCUGUCCCCCCGAGAGGACAGUGUGUUUUAAAUUUGCACAGUGCAGUGAAGAGUGAAUGUCAAAGGAAGGACAGUCCCCAGGCGUGACCUGUAGGCUCACGUAUGUCCUGCAGGGGGCAGUAAAGCUGACUAUGUUCUCAUUUCUUGCUGAAUUCCAAGCUCUUAUUCAACAAAGACACUUGUAAUUGUCCAGUCAGUACUGGUAAAAUCAGCAAGGCAUUGAAAAGGUAUGGGAGCCAACUAUAGAGAAGUUAAAAAAAACUCUGUAACUAAGAAUAUUACCCUGUUUUUCUUUUAAAUGAGUUUAACUCGAAAAUAAUUCUCUUUGAAUGUUAAUAAAAGAGCUUAGUGCAGUAUAUAGAGGCACAGAGAUAAGCCAGUAGCCAUGUGUUUUACGUCACUGUAGUCACAUAGUGGAGGUACAGCUUAAGGUUCAGUGAUCUCGUCAGACAAGUAGGAUAACUCAGGCUUUUAUUUAUACACACUCUCGCAUUCGUAGCAGUCAAACCACUCCAGUUAAACGGUGCAAUUUUCUUCUAAUGACAAACCAAAUACUCAGACCACGUUCCUGCAUACUGACUGUAAUACAACUGAGUGUAGGUAUGCAUAAGUAGAUUUAGAGACGCAUAAAACACUUGCUAUAGAGGUUGGCGGUAGACCACUGUAGGUGACUGGUGCUAUGAGAUGCUCGUCUGAGACGAUUCUACCGAUGAAAGCCAUCCAGCCUUCGUGAACGUAACGAUGCAUAACCCAAGGACACGUGUCACAUCAAAUCAUCCAUUCUUAAUAUCGUCACCUCAUGAGCCCACCACACCCUUCAGAGAUAUGAGUUUUGAAGUGCAGUGACACCAGACAUAUCUCAGUUCAACACAAAGACACAUUUGUUUGUCUUUUCUCGACUCCACUGGGCUUAUGGCAGUGGGACGCGGCUGGAGCUUCAGUUGUAGACACUGGUGUUUCUUGUCUUUGUACAGUGCAGUGACCACACAAUGUAAGCAGGAAACUGAAUCAGGUUCUAAAGCUACUAGAUGCCAUUGAUAUGUAAUGAUACCUGAUUGAGUUCCCCUAUAAUACGCAGUUGCAUUGCAUGCGAUAGAUAACAGUGGGGUUUACACACAGACUGCGUGGGUCAAAGGUCAAAGGUCAUAUGAGAAAACAGUACUUGGUUAAAGUGCAUGUUAAGUUGAACUCAUAGCUAGGCAGACCACAACCAAGGAAAUGAUUUAAAAAACUUAUUGUUUAAAAUAGUCCUUCCUUUUAUAAACUAUUAUAGGUUUUGUACCUCUACAUGACUACCACUGUUUAACCUGUCUGUGAUUGAAUGUCAGAUUGCUUGCUUCAUUUAUAACAGCAGAAUAAAGGAUGCCAUGUUUGUUAAAAGUUGAAAAACUAACACAUCACAUCAUACAAGCUAGUUCAAUAAGUUACAAAAGAUUAUGAAAAGUCAUUUUUACAGAGUGAACCUUUUAUACUUUUGGUUGUUUCCUCAGCUAACAACUAAGAUCCUUAUCCGAUUACUUUGAGAACGACUGCUUCAGAGGUCGAUGGCUUUUGCUACGGUUAGCACAGAUGCACAUAAAUGUGUAGUGAUGUUUCAGUAUUCUUAAGGUGAACAGAUGAGAUUACAGGCGUGUGGGCGUGUGGGCUCAGACCUCGUGAUGAUGAAGAUGCUGACCUUCCUCAGCCUCUACUUCCUGCCACCCCCACCCCCCUCCCCCUUAUUCUUGUGUACAGAGUGUUGGUACCAAAAUCCAUCCUGUCCCGUCCUCAUUUCUCUCUCUCUCUCUCUCUCUCUCUCUCUCUCUCUCUCUCUCUCUCUCUGGGUGUCGUGCUUGUUCUCUGUAAUGGAUGUGCUGUAUUGUGCUGGGACAUUUUCACCUUAGAGGACUAUACAGCAACUUCUACUGGCGUAGGAAAACACAUGUAUCCCCCCCCGACCCCCGCAGAUCAAACUCAAUUACUGUGGUUUGUGAGGCGUGGGGGUGAUGUUUGCUCUCUUUUGGUUGUCUUUUGUUUUUUACUUUUUACUUUUUUUUUCUUUUGUAUUAAUUUGGACGGCGCGUGGGAUAGAUGUUUCUGCCAAAUGACUAAAUGUAAAAAACAAAAAAUGUAUUUGCCAUGGUGGAGGCUCGCUUCCCGUCAGUGGGGCUUCUGAGGCCUAUUUGAAAGUAACCAUGACAACAGCAGGACUAGCCCAGCGCCCCAAACUCGCUAGUAAGCUAUGGUGUGAUCCAGUGUCAGCUGAGGGAGGCUGUUUGGGUUAAACCCUCAGGUCUCACUCCGCAGGGGUGAAUGGGGAGUGACCUCCACUGGAAGAUGUUAAGAGUGAGCUGUAGAUUCAGCUGACUGGUUCUCAGCAAGAAAGAGGCUUUUUCUAUAUCCUCUCCCCUUCUUUUCACUGCCGUUAAAGAAAGAGAUGUUUUGAAUGAUUUACCGAAAUUUGACAAGUAACAGUGUAUUGAAAGAAUAUACUUCUUAAACCCUGAGAAUUGUUUAUGUUCUCCUCAAUACAUACCACUACGGGUUGCUGGAUAGUCACCUACAUCAUGUAAAGCUUGUUACUGAGUCAAUAUGAAGUAAAUAAAUGAAGUAAAUAAAUAAAUAAAUAAAUAAAGGUUCAGUGAUGGUAUAUCUGAUGUGACUUACAGUGUGCAAUGAAAGGUGUGCGUUACAUCGCUACAUGUUGUGAAUGCAUGUCACCUUGGUGUGGAACUAAGACUUAUGGGUAGCAUUAGUAGGGAGGGAUUUUCAAAGGAAUGCAUUUGAUGAAAUUCAUAUUUUUGCUUUUACAGGUAUUCCUCUCCUCAUGUGAAAUCCUUUUUAAAAUUCCAUUUCGAUUUUGUACAGGACAUCAUAAUUGUAAACAUUGUAAAUAGUUCUGCAUUUGCGACAACAAUCAUAAACAUGACAUCAACAAAAACUAUGUGUGGAAAGGUAGAAAAAAAACGUUUUCUUCAGUUCUUUGACAGAAGAGAACAUGUAGGCAUGCCUGUACACCUGUCUAACAUUAUCCAUUUGUCUUAAUAAAACCAUGUCAUUCUUUGA